UUUACUAGUUCAGUGCUCUAUCACGCUUCCUCGACAGCAAGUCGCACUUUCGGGUGCGGAUGACAAACAGCUAGGAAUCAUACCGCGUUCGACUGUUCCAGUGCACUAUGGAGCCUCUCGUUAGUAUCGCCCUGUGGGUUGUGAUGGCCGGCGUAGGAUACAAACUGUUUCGAUUAUUCAUUGAGGGUGGUCAGUUCCGCAAGCAAACACGUUGCGACGGCAAAGUGAUUGUGAUCACCGGCGCAAAUACGGGAAUUGGCAAAGAAACUGCUAAGGAACUAGUGAAACGUGGCGGGAAGGUUUACAUCGCGUGUCGCUCCCUGGAAAAAGCGACCCAAGCUAAAGAGGACAUCAUCGCCGAGACCGGACAGACGAACAUCCACGUGAGAGAAUUGGAUCUGACUUCGAUGGAAUCGGUGAGAAGCUUCGCUAAAAGAUUCUUAGAGGAGGAGCCCCGCCUGGAUAUCCUGAUUAACAAUGCAGGGGUUAUGGCCUGUCCGAGAGCCUUAACAAAAGACGGCUUCGAACAGCAACUGGGAGUGAAUCAUUUGGGACACUUCCUGCUGACAACUCUUCUGUUGGACCGCCUGAAGGCGUCCGCUCCUAGUCGAAUAGUGAAUCUUUCAAGUAUGGCUCAUAGAUAUGGAGUAAUCGAUAAACAAGAUUUGAACAGUGAAAAGUCCUACAACCAAGUGACGGCCUAUUGUCAGAGUAAAUUAGCAAAUGUGCUGUUCACCAGAGAGCUGGCGAACCGGUUGAAAGGAACGGGAGUAACGACAUAUGCGGUACAUCCUGGAACGGUUAACACAGAGCUUCCUAGGCACAUGGGAACGUUCUUCUUCCUAUUCGAACACAACUUGGUCAAACCUCUUCUGCGGAUAGCUUUCAAAUCACCUCGUUCCGGAGCUCAGACAACUCUUUACACAGCAUUGGACGAAACGUUGUCCCACGAAAGUGGAAAAUAUUAUGCCGAUUGCCGCGAGCAGGAAGCCAGCGAAGCCGGACAGGACGAUAACACCGCCCGGUGGCUGUGGGAUGUCAGCGAGAAGAUGGCAGGCCUUUCAAGUAAAGCUGCGUAGUGGCGUUUGUGAUAAAUUAUGCAAACUAAACUCUGUUCUAUAUACCCAUCAUAAAAAUUUAUUUGUACAAUAAACUAGAUAAAAUAAACGGGAAAAAAGUU